GGCAAGGCUGGGCAAUACACGGCUCCCUCCCUGACACAUGGGAAAGGGAGGGGACCCGGCACAGACGCCGCCGCCAGGAUGGGCCUCGGGAGAGGCUAAGCGGCGUCCGUUUCCUCCUGUAGAGUCUCGGCACCGUGUGCCCCCCUCGGCACCUUGGACCGGAAAGGAUGGUUUGAACUCCCAAACACUCCGGCAGCAUUCGCCCCACCUCGGCCCCAAAGGACACACGAGCAGGAAUCAGCAACGUGCGACCCAUGAAGAAGCAAUAAGGAAACGGAGCCCCCAUCAUUUCUCCAAAUAGAGUCAAACGGGCAGUUUUCGAAGAAUAGCCCGCGGCCAAGAAUUGCAAGUUGCGGUCGGAAUAAUAUGCGAACAGAUCAUGAAGAGCUCUGUGGCAGCAGUUAUGGAUCUUUCUGUCUAAACGGUGGGAUUUGUUACAUGAUACCAACGGUUUCCAGUCCUUUUUGCAGGUGUGUUGAAAAUUACACAGGAGCUCGGUGUGGGGAAAUUUUACUUGCUAGCAUCAAGAGCCAUUCGAGAGGCGAACUGUUUGCGGCUGUUUUGGCUUCGGUGGUCGUUCUGAGCGUCUUGGUGGCUGGAGCCUUCUUCUUUCUUUACAGGAAGGGACAGAUCUCACGGACCAGUUCAGCAGAACGUGGUGAAAGCCUUAUCGAAGGCGACAACAGCGUUCCUCCCCAAAAAAUCACGGAAUAAAGAGAUAAAAAGUAGGAAAGUUUGAACUAAAAGCGGAAAUGAUCCGACAUCAACAACCAAAGCAGCCGUAGCAAAACUAAAACUGCGUCGGGGAAUAUGGAAUCCAGAACACUAUUCCAAGAUACUGUGAAAGAAGACAAUCUUGCUAAUAUUUCACAGGACGUGGUGUUUGAGCAUAGCUGUACAUUGAUCAUGUUGCCCUUGCCAGGCAGAGAAGGCCAGAGGUAUGUGAAGCUGCCAAGAGAUGGAUUACAACCAGUUUCAUCUUCACGAAUAGAAACAGAGGAAGUACUGUUGAAUCAUGUCAGGACGCCAUUCGGGAAUCCCGAGAAAGCACUGCAUUCCAUCCCUUCCUUUUUAUCAGAGGCAAAAUGUAUAUAUAUUUUAAAAGAUAUGGAAAAUAAAAAGGACCUUGAUUGUGUGGAGUGGAUCCUCAUGGGUCAGAGAAGAUGCAGUCAACAAAAUAAUAAAAUUUACUUUUUCACAUGAUAAAACUUGCAGAAUCGUAA